CACUGGGACCCCAGGCUGCAGCCAUGGCGCUCCGCUGGGGCAUCGUGUCCGCCGGCCUGAUCGCCAGCGACUUCGCCACCGUCUUGCGGAUGUUGCCUCGCUCCGAGCACCAGGUGGUGGCAGUAGCUGCCCGUGACUUGAGCCGGGCCAAGGAGUUUGCAAAGAAACACGACAUCCCCAAGGCCUAUGGCUCCUAUGAGGAGAUGGCGAAGGACCCGAAUGUUGAGGUGGCCUACAUCGGGGCCCAGCACCCCCAGCACAAGGCUGCCGUGCUGCUCUUCCUGGCAGCAGGCAAGGCCGUCCUCUGCGAGAAACCCAUGGGGGUGAAUGCUGCCGAAGUGCGUGAGAUGGUAGCCGAGGCACGAGCCCGCGGCCUCUUCCUUAUGGAGGCCAUUUGGACCCGCUUCUUUCCUGCCGUUGAGACUGUGAGGUCUCUUCUGUCACAAGGAGCCCUGGGGGACAUUCGUGUGGCCCGGGCAGAAUUUGGAAAAGACCUCACGCAUGUUCCCAGGGCUGUUGACUGGGCCCAGGCUGGUGGGGGCCUCCUGGACAUUGGCAUCUACUGUAUGCAGUACAUCUCUAUGGUUUUUGGGGGGCAGAAGCCGGAGAAGAUUUUGGCAGUCGGAAGGCGCCAUGAAACAGGUGUUGACGACACUGUCACGGUGUUGCUCCAGUACCCUGGAGGCGUCCAUGGUAGUUUCACCUGCAGCAUCACUGCCGAGCUCACCAACACUUUCUAUGUGAGCGGCACCAAAGGCAUAGCCAAGGUGCUUGAUCCAUGUUGGUGCCCGACAGAGCUGGUGGUGAAGGGAGAACAUAAGGAAUUCCCGCUCCCUGCGGCCCCAAACAAGGAAUUCAACUUUACCAAUGGACCUGGCAUGAGUUAUGAAGCCAAGCAUGUCCGGGAAUGCCUACGCAAGGGCCUGAAGGAAAGUCCAGUGGUUCCUCUGGCUGAAAGUGAGCUUCUGGCUGAAAUCCUUGAGGAGGUGAGGAAGGCCAUUGGAGUCACCUUCCCCCAAGACAAACGUUGAUGUUCUGUCUCCUCUAUCAAUAAACAAACUUGGUUGACAUGGAAA